AUAGUAAAGACGAUGAAGACUACACAAGUUCUUUUGGGUUUGGCACUCGUAAUAUCGCUUCACCUCGUGAGCGUUGUUUACGCUGAGCUAGAACAUUGUGGAGUAAAUGAAAAAUUCGAGUUCUGUGGACCUGUGCGAGAAGCGUCAUGCCUCGAGGCCAUUUCCGUCGAUCAGGACCUCUCAGAAGUAAGAUACCGAAGAAAUGAAGAUACCGGCGGAUGCGUUCAAGGAUGUUUUUGUGAGCAGGGCUACAUACGACAACUUAUGGGCGGACAAUGCAUUCGUUUGAAAGAAUGUCUCGAAGUGGGACAUCACAGGUGAAUCUAACUUUACUGGAGUGUUACUAUGGGAAAGAAUUCAAUAAAGACGCCAGAUCUCUACCACGUGUUUAGGGUUCUCUAGCCGUGUAAACUACACUGGCUGGCUCUUA